AUGGCGGCUGAUGCGCCCGGCUUGAUGGACAUUGCCAGUACCCUGGCCCAGGAUGAAAUUCCCUUCAAGUUGCGCUGUGCGAUCUGCAACAAGCUUGCUGUCAAUGCUUUUCGCCUGCCAUGCUGCGACCAGUCAAUCUGUGAAUCAUGCCAAACCUCUCUCUCCGAUACGUGUCCCGUCUGCGCGCAUACCCCAGUCUCUCCGGAUCUCUGCAAACCAAAUAAAGCUCUGCGCACAACUCUGAAGGCUUUUCUAAGGACCGAGGAGAAGAAACGCGAGAAGGACCGCCAAGCUACGGCAACAUCGAAUCCAGCCACCCCUGCAGAUACCAUAUCCGCCCAAGAAGCAGGACCAAGCCAAAAUGGCGAUGAUACCGCAGAAGUCGAAAAUGUUGAUGCGCCUGUUGCUACGGAACUUCAAUCCGAGCAACCCGAAGCAGAGGCUUCCGCAGAGCCAAGUGGAGAGAACGCUCCAGGCACAAAUCUUGAGGAAGCUGUUGAGCAGUCGGCCCAGCCCGAGGUAGCCGAUGAACCGACAAACAAUGGCAUUGAUCAAGGCGUUGAACUUAACGAAGAGACUGCCAACGAAGACCCAGUUCCACAGGAUCCGGCUGCCCCUCAGGAUGCUGCUGGAAUCAAUUCCGCUGCGAUGACCACGAAUAUGGGAGGCUUCCAAAUGGGCUGGAAUGGGAAUGGCAUGAAUCCUUACAUGGCUAGCAUGUUCAAUUUCCCUAACACCAUGGGAAUGUCCAUAGGGAUGGACCCGAUGGCAAAUCAGGGGAUAUUUGGUGACUACGGAAUGAACAUGAAUGGCAUGGGCAUGAACACGGGGAACUUCAACGGGGGCAUGUGUGGAUCCUUAGGAUGGGACGCCCAGAACAACAUGUGGCAAGGCCAAGAUAAUAUCAAUCCAAACGCAUUCGCUAAUGGCACGGGCCCUUCCUAUGGAGGAGCAUAUGGCUCUAAUAUCUAUCCGGAUCAGUCUGGUUACUAUGGGUCAGGUUAUGGCCGCGGUGCAUUCCGAGGCCGUGGCCGUGACCAUGGUCGUGGUUUUGGGCCGAUGCAAGGUCAUUAUGUUGAUUCAGGAUACUCACAAAGCCCAAUCAAUGUACAGGGUAACCAAAACCAAAGUAUCACUAAAAACACAGGACAAGUUGAGGGAUCCAACGCCCAGGGUCCCGACGGAGUGCCAAAUAGCAGCAUGGGAAACGUGGGAUAUCGACAUGGACGAACCGAAGGACCAGGCGUGGAGGGCGCACCAGCUGCGCCGCGUGCUAUGCGACAGGGACUACCCAACACGAGUGUCUUGCGCCUCUCUGGCCGAGUUUCUGAUGACACGCACCAAACACCUUUGCAUGCCUCCAGUGAGACGCAAUCUCGGUCGCCGGGGGGUCAAGUUUCGCGUGCCCCUUCGCCAUCUACGCAUGAUGAUCGAGAGACUCAACAGGAGACAGAGUUGAAGCGCAUAGACCGGGUUGACGAAUUGCAAUCCAAUGCCCGACGCACUCGCUCUCCUUCUCGUGCAUCUUCCCGUCGGUCCUCACGCCACCGUCAGCGUGGAGUUGAGCGUGAGAAGGAGCGGAAUGGUAGCCAUCGUUCUCACCGCUCACGCCGACACCGUAGCCGUCAUAGUCGCAGUUGCAGUCGGAGUCGCAGUCGCGCCUCAAGCCGCAAUGGAGAAGCCCGCUCAACCCGUUUACAUCGGACUGCAGUACAGAUAGAAACCACCGACCGCACGAAAGCCCCGUCUGAAGCCCCAGAGCAACUUGAUCUUGCUAGCCGAAUCAAUAACACCUACCGCCCUGACAAGGACAGAGGAAGCCGACGUGAAAACGAUCGCACCCGGCCCGAUCGAGACACUCGCCGACGGGAUCGUGAUCGGGAUCGUGAUCGUGAAAGAGACCGCCGUCCUAGGGAGCGUGAUACCCAGCGGGAUAGUCGCACAGAGGGCACUCGCGAUAAAGAUCGGACUUCAGAGCGUGAACGUAACCGAGACCAUCCCAGGGACCGAGACUGGGGCCGGGAUCGCAAGCGCUCUCGCCGUGAGCGAUCUCCGUCUACACAUGGAAAUGACCACCAAGUCCGACGUGUGAAGCUUGAAGACGAAGACCGGAACCGGAACCACACGAACAGACCGGUUGAAAGAGAGGCGGAGAAGGACCCUUACACGCUAGAACGUGAAAAGCGAAACAAGGAGCGCCUCGAGCGCGAACAGCAGCAUCGCAGCAAGGCCAAGUCUGAUCGUCGCCGAGAUAGCCGACAGGAUCGUCAGGACCGUGUGGUGGCAGGCCGCCGCAUCAAUUACAGAUAUGAGGAUGAGCUUUAG